AUGAAUCGCAGUGACUCCGAGUGGGCAUUCCAUCGCUUCAUACAAGAAUCCUCGGCCAGUGCCGGAGAAGCUGCGACGGCGUGUGACGUUUUCGUUUCCGUAUCCGGACCUCCUUCUCCGAAUGUUCCGGUCGUUUCCGAACUCCGAAGAGGAGCUUUCAUCAAACCUCAGGAUACCUCUGUUAGAUCUGAGAAUGGUGGAGCCUAUACAUCCAGUACAUCGGAGCAAGGCCCUCUAGCUUCUUCCAAAGGAAUUCUUGAAGAAAUGGCUCAUGCUAAUGGAAUCAAUCUGUAUGUUUUUGCAUUUGUAGCUACACCAGUGGUGAGCAGUGCUAUAACAAGUGGAUCUGAGCUCUCUGGUGAUGACGAAGAAGCUGAUGGUGAAACAAAUAUGAAUCCGACCAAUGUUAAGCGUGUGAGGAGGAUGCUCUCUAACAGAGAAUCAGCUAGACGUUCCAGAAGAAGAAAGCAAGCACACCUGACUACCGGAACCUCACUUAUCAUGGAGAAUUCGAAGCUCUUGAAUGGGUCUCUCACUGACGUAACUCAUACAUUCAACGACGCAGCUGUAGAAAACAGAGUUUCUCUUCCGCUGUCAUCAUCUCGCUCUUCCUUCUUCUCCACUUGCUUCACAGUGACGAGUGACGACCCGACUAAGUACUCCUUCUCUGGUGGCGAUUGGACCCCAGAAUCCGACCAGAGCCAACGAGAAAGCGACUCGCCCUGA